GCUCUCAAGUUUACCCUCUGUCGGGCUCACAGCUAGCCAACUUCUCAAUUGGCGGUCAGACAUCAGCGCGACGUCAUUUUCCGGAGAUCACUCUUCCACAAUUCUCCGGUGACUUCUCAGCGUGGAGGCCCUUUCAUGAUCUCUUCUCCUCCUUGGUUGGACGGAAUGCGGAGAUAUCAAACGUGGAGAAAAUGCACUACCUCCGGACCAGUCUCUUGGGCGAAGCCGCUCAGCUAAUCUCCAAUUUGCCGGUUUCUGAGGACGCGUUCGCGUCAGCCUGGGACCUUCUCGUUAAUCGGUAUGAAAAUAAGCGACUUCUCAUUUCGGCUCAGGUGGAUCGACUAUUCCGCACCAAGACCAUCUCACAACGGUCGGCCAAGGAGCUCAACACUCUUCUCAACACGACAACGGAAACGCUCAAUGCCUUGGAGUCUCUCGGAGCCCCUGUUCAACACUGGGACCAUCUCUUGGUCCACCUCAUCGUCCAGCGACUCGACCCAAGCACUCGAGAGGCCUGGGAAGUCAAGCUUGGCUCCAUCACGGACCCCCCUUCAUACAAAGACAUUCGCACAUUUCUCACUGGGCGCGCCCGAGCCAUGGAGAGUAUGGAGUUCGGAACCUCGAGCUCCUCUCCAGCACAAAAACCAGCUCCCUCGCCACUACGACAGACCAGCAAGACAUCGGCGGCCACCGCUCAUGUGGCCAUCUCACCCCUUUCCGGGAUCUCGGAAACUUCCGGAUGUGCACUAUGCUCUGGCUCUCAUUACAUUGUCUCUUGCCCUCGUUUCAGAGAUAUGUCUGCUCAUCUACGGCGAAACAUUGUGAUCGAUAAGCGCCUCUGCUUUAAUUGCUUGGGCAGGCAUAACGCAGUCGCCUGUCAAAAUCUGAAGAGGUGCAGAGAAUGCGGCAAUAAGCAUCACACGAUGAUACACAUGGACAGUCAACCGCCCCCACGUUUGUCAACGAUGCAAGAUAAGGUGACCCCAUCAACCACGGCUACGCAGACGUCGGCGCCGGCCUCACCAUCCAAGAGCACCAGCACAUCGGCUUCAGAGUGA